AUUUGCAUUUACUGUCAGUGUGACAGCUGCUUCUGAGGUUAUUUGUGUUUUGUUGAAGAGUUUCAUCAUUACCAUCAUUAGUAAUCGCGAAAAUUAGACUAUAAUGUUUUACUAGUAGUUAUAUGUUUUUUAUAAGGCGUAAAUUAUCGAUGACACAAUGGACGAUGUAUCCGAAAUGGACAUGCUGCACCCUGAAGAUUUCAAUGGCUCUGAUAAUGAAGACACCAGAAGUGAAUUAAAAUUUGAUCCUGUAACGGAGAGUCUGGAGGAGCGUAAGAAGCGUGCUAAAAUUGAAGAUGCUUUACAUAGCAAGCAAACAACAUUAAGUGUUUGGAGAAAACUUGCAAUAGAAGAGUAUGGAUUAGUCAAUGAUGAUUUGAGGAGGCAAGUAUGGCCUUUAUUGCUUGAAGUGGAUCCAAAUGGAAGUGAAAAAGUGCCCUCAUUGAGAGAUCUGUCUGAUCAUGCAGAGUACAACCAAGUUGUCUUGGAUGUGAACAGAUCAUUAAAAAGAUUUCCUCCUGGCAUUCCAUACAAACAAAGAUUAGCUUUGCAGGAUCAGCUUACUGUGCUGAUAUUAAGAGUUAUCAUGAAGUAUCCGAAUUUACGCUAUUAUCAGGGUUACCAUGAUGUUGCAAUAACAUUUCUUCUAGUCGUUGGCGAAGCUGUCUCAUUCCGAAUAAUGGAACGCCUUAGUACUGAUCAUUUAGAAGAGUGCAUGGAAGCUACAAUGGAAAAGACCAGCUACCGUUUGAAUUACAUAUACCCGCUCAUUAAACGAGUCGAUAAACAACUCCAUGACCGUCUUGACAACGCAAUGCUCGGAACAAUGUUUGCGCUCCCAUGGUACUUAACGUGGUUCGGUCAUUCAUUGAAUCAAUACAGAGACGUGGUGCGGCUAUACGACUUUUUCUUGGCGUCAGAUAAAUUGAUGCCGCUCUAUGUUGCCGCCGCUCUUGUGUUGGAAAGGAAAGUGGAAAUUUUUGAGUGUGAUGCUGACAUGGCAAUGAUUCACUGCCUACUAUCCACAAUACCUGAUAACUUAAAUUUCGAACACGUACUGCAUCGAGCAUCGGAAAUGUACCAGUCAUAUCCACCGGAAAAGGUUGAGAAGGAUGUGAAGAAGCGCGUUAAGGAAGAGGCCGAUAGACGCAGACAAGACGAGUUGAGAGCGCGCAAUCGCCUCAAUCGCAAAAAGCACGGAUGGGUCAAUUUGUACAAUUACAUGCCGCAAUGGUUGAUGCUACACUAUCGCAAUAAGUAUGGUAUACUGUUCGCGACUGCAACACUAGUGGUGGCGUAUCUUGCCUAUAUGAAAGCCAGCGAAGCGAGUUCUCUCUGGAGGAGUAUUUGGGGCUCCUGACAAAUCGCCAUGAUACCGGUCGACAUCAAGCACCUCAUGCAUCACAGAUUUUAUACCAGUUUCUAAAUGGUAAGCAAAAAGAUUAAGUCUCAAAAGGUAAAGAAAUGAUACAAACCCAAAAAUCGCAAAUCGAUGUACCGGUCUAGCAAAUAUUAAGAAAUGAAUUAUGUCACAUGUAUAGAAUAGUUGCUGUAAAAAGUUAAAUUCUAUGCCAUUCAAAUUAAACUAUUCAUAUGCAUAUAAAUAAUUUAACUAGUAUUAACGAAUAAUUUUAAGCGCAAGUACGUAUUGUUAAAUAUUGUAGUGUAAUGAAAAGCAUUUCUAGUAUUUAUUCUUUCAUACCAAUAUUAUGUUGUUAUGUGAUUAUUGUAAAUGUAAGUGAUGUUUCUGUGGUAUUUAGAUUAUGGAUUAAUUAAGUAUUUAGCGAUAAAAUACACCAAAUUACUUUCCAAUAUUCGUUAGUUCACAUAAAAUGUUGAGAUUA